UAUUUCUCUUGAACCAAAUUGAGAACUACUGCAAAUCUUGACAAGAAUCAAUCAAAUAAAGGAAUAAAAUGGCACGACAAGUGGUUGCUCUAGCCCUCAUCUUCAUCGCCACCUUCGCCGUGGUGGUUUCUGCCCAGUCACCAAGUGGCUCUCCUUCAUCAUCACCGGCGGCUGCUCCAUCUGAGUCCAGUGCUGCAACCCCAGAAGCAUCCCCCGCCUCGUCUCCCACACAGGCCGCCGGCCCUGCUAGCGGUCCCGCCAGCGCUCAAUCAUCUGGUUCUCCCGCACCUGCUACCAGCCCUGAAGCAGCUGCCUCAUCCCCUGGCGCCGGCCCUGAAGCAGCAUCGGCUCCCGCCUCCUUGAAAUUAUCGGCGGUCGUCGGCGCCGCUGCUGCCGCCGGAUUCUUUUUCUUUUAAGAAUUCGUUAGAUUGUUCAUUUGUUCUUAAUUUUUUUUUCCUAUUCGCUUCUAAUUCUUGUAACAAUGUGUUGUUAAAUACUCUCUUUCGUGUUAGAAAAAUCUUAAUGAAGGCAUUUCAUGAUCAGAGGUGGAUUCUCUCAUUCUGAUUUAUACAAUUACGAAGAGUGUUGGGUAUGACAUUCACUUCAACA